AUGGCCAAAGAGGGGAGAAACCUCACCCUGGUGUCUGAAUUCAUCCUACUGGGUAUCUCAGAGGACCCCAAGCAACAACAGCUACUGUUUGUACUCUUCUUGAGCAUGUACCUAGUCACGGGACUGGGGAACCUGCUCAUCAUCCUGGCCAUCACCACAGACGCUCGCCUUCAUAACCCCAUGUACUUCUUCCUGGCCAACCUGGCCUUUGUGGACAUUUGCUUCACUACCACCACCAUCCCCAAGAUGCUGGUCAACCAUGUAACAGGACACAAAGGAAUCCCUUAUGCUGGGUGCCUGACACAGACUUUCUUUUUCAUGUGGCUUGGUGCCAUAGACUGCUUCCUACUAGGUGCAAUGGCCUAUGACCGCUAUGCUGCCAUCUGUCAUCCUCUGCACUAUGCCAUGUCCAUGACACCACAGCUGUGUAUCCUCCUAGUGGCAGCAUCCUGGACCACAUCCUUUGGAAAUGCCUUAACCCAGACAUUAUUACUGACCCGGCUUUCAUUCUGCAAUCACAACCAGAUUCACCAUUUCUUCUGUGACCUCAGCCCUCUGCUGAAGCUGGCCUGCUCUGACACCUUUAUAAACAAUACAGUGCUGUUCAGUAUGGGCUCACUGCCUGUCAUUAUCCCUUUUGUGGGCAUCCUGGUCUCCUACAUGCUUAUCUUUGCUGCUGUGAUGAGGAUCCCGUCAACAAAAGGCAAGCAGAAGUCUUUCUCUACCUGUGGCUCUCAUCUCUCUGUGGUGUCCUUGUUCUAUGGGACACUCAUUGGGGUUUAUUUCAACCCCACAUCCUCUCACACGGUCCAGAAGGACACAGCUGCUGCAGUGAUGUACACCGUGGUCACUCCCAUGCUGAACCCCUUUAUCUACACUUUCCGCAACAGUAACAUGAAGGGGGCCUUGGGGGCCCUCAUCAGUAGGAAGCCAGCUUUUACUCCUUGA